GGACCUUUAUUAUAUUGGGCCAUUCAAAUUCCAAAACCAAACCCUUGCAGUAACAUAUAUAGGUCUCUUUUGAAGUUAAAAACCCUAGGACUCUUCGCCUUUUCAGGGUUUACCCAUAUCCCAGGAGUGGCAGUGCGGCGGCUGAAGCAGAGACCAUGGCUGUUCCUUUGCUGUCCAAGAAGAUUGUGAAGAAGCGAGUAAAGAAGUUCAAGAGGCCCCAGAGUGACCGUAAGAUUUCUGUGAAGACAAACUGGCGAAGGCCAAAGGGUAUUGAUUCAAGGGUCAGGAGAAAGUUCAAGGGAUGCACUCUGAUGCCCAACAUCGGUUAUGGGUCGGACAAGAAAACUCGCCAUUAUCUUCCCAAUGGAUUUAAGAAGUUUGUUGUGCACAAUGUCAAGGAGCUUGAACUUUUGAUGAUGCACAACAGGACUUACUGUGCUGAGAUUGCCCAUGAUGUAUCCACUCGAAAGAGAAAAGAGAUCGUUGAGCGAGCAGCUCAGUUGGAUGUUGUUGUUACCAACAAACUGGCUAGAUUGAGGAGCCAGGAGGAUGAGUAAACAAUUUUGCUAUAUUAUAUGAUGAUUCUGCUGUUGAAACGAUACUCUUCCCAUUAGGCAGUUUAAUCAUUGCAGAAUUAUUUUGUUUGGGGUUGAAUGUUAGUUAUUUUUUAAUCUAAACCUGUUUACUACUUCAAAUCGACACUUUAAAAUAGUUGUGUUCGUGUGG